GUCCAGCAGCAGCAAAACUUUAUGUGGAUUGGAGUAUGGUUGUUGUGGCCUAAUGUCGUGGGGAACUCCUUCUUAGCCUCGUUAGUUGCCAGACGAGCAGACGAUAAACACGACAACGAACUUACCAAUGGCAUACAGGUUGAAUCGUCGGUUGCUCCUUCGAGACAGGGCCGCAAGAGGCGGCGCUCAGAGCCACAGCUUUGGUAUGAGCACGAUUGUGUUCAACGCCGAAGCUACGCAAUCACAAGCAGACCCACUGGAGCCGAGUGUUACAAGAAGCAGAAUGCUCAAUGAAUCACGGACAAAAGCAGAUUUUUAAGCUUGGAGUGGUCAACAUACAGGCAUCUGUUUAACAGAUGACGAAACUCUUCGCUAACCAUGGGUCGAAUGUACGACGAGAUGAUUUGCUCUUCACCUCUGUAGGUUGACAUUAAGCAUGAAUUGUAUGUUAAGGUCCGUGGGCAGAACACAUAGCUAAACUAUCUCCA